CAAAAUUUUGAGGCUCAAAAUUUCCCAAUCCCACCGUUUUAGAUAAGAAUACAAUCCAUUCUCUCAAUUCCAUUGGCUCUCAUUUCCCCAAAAUCCUCUCUCAAAUUUCCCAAAAACGCUCUUCACAUCCCUAAUUCCUAUUCCCUACACACCAAUUUCUUCACUCUCCUUCAAUGGCGGCAACAAUGGCGACUAUGGCUAUCCUCAACGCCAAAUGCUUCACCCCCAUUAAUAAAACCCCACUUCUCCCUUCAAAACCCGCCACCAAACCCAUCUCCCUCCCUCUCCCUAUCCUAACCAAACCUUCCCUCGCCGGUACUGCCAUCGCCGGAGCAAUCUUCUCAACACUGAGCUCCGGAGACGCUGCUUUGGCUGCCCAACAGAUCGCCGAUCUAGCGGAAGGCGACAACCGGGGACUGGCUCUUUUGCUGCCGCUCAUCCCGGCGGUGGCGUGGGUUCUGUUCAACAUUCUUCAGCCGGCGUUGAAUCAGAUAAAUAGGAUGCGUACGGAGAAGGCGGUGAUUGUUGGGUUGGGUCUGGGUGGGUUGCUGGCGUCGGGGCUUGUGGGGACUCCGGAGGCAAUGGCGGCGGAGGCAGGGAGCGACGGGCGAGGACAGUUGCUGUUGAUUGUGGUGGCGCCGGCGAUUGCUUGGGUUUUGUUUAAUAUAUUACAGCCGGCGUUGAACCAGCUGAAUCGGAUGAGAUCGGAGUGAAAUGGUGAUUAGAUGAUCCUUAAAUUACUUGUAAUUUUAAAUGCAAAUCUCUCUCUCUUAUGCUUUAUAAAUGAAGCGUUGGAGUCUAAGCCCAAACUUGAUUUCUUUUUGGGGUCUUUUUUAGUGUUUAUAAUCAAUAUUCACCAACCUCAACUUCCAAUAUACUUUCAUUAUUCUUAUUAAUACUUUUAGAUGCCACUUUCGUCCA